CGGCUGCCUCCACUGUGGGCUGGGCUCACACCCGGGCGGAGCCGCUGCUGGUCCCCGCGGGGGGUGCGGGGAGAGCCCGGCACGGACCCCCCCUCUGGCCCCGGCCGGGGGGACCCAGCCCCCUCCCGGAGCCCGCAGGCUGCAGAAUCACGUCCCCGUUUCGCUGGUGAUGGUCCCAUCCUGCCAGGUGCGCGGGAAGGGAAAUGGCUGCGGGGGACCCGGUGACCUUCCAGGAGGUGGCUGUGUGUUUCACGGAGGAGGAAUGGGCCCUGCUGGACCCGGGUCAGAGAGCCCUGUACAGGGUCGUCAUGCAGGAGAACUAUGAGGCCGUGACCUCGCUGGGAUUUCCAGUUUCCAAACCAGACACCAUCUCCUGGCUGGAAGAAGGGGAGGAGCCGUGGGUCCCCGAUCUCCAGGGCUGUGAGGAAAGGGAAAUCCCAAGCAAUCCCCACACAGGUGAUGGGAUGGUGAGCGAGAACGAGGAGGAGAAUCCUCAGCAGGAAGGUCCUGAGCAAGUGGAACCACAGGGGACGGUAUCGGGAAGAGAUGAAGGGGACGUUUCCCAGAGUCCCAAGCAGGGAGAAGCCUGUGAGAGUCAGAGCUGCACAGAGAGUCAGCAGGGAAACCACUCAGAGGAGACACUGGUUAAAUCCACUCACAGCAGAAGAGGAGUGAAGAAAGUCAAGGAAACUAUUCAACAGAGAAUCCCCACUGGAGAGAGACCCCACGUGUGCGGUGACUGUGGGAAAAGCUUCCGGUACAGAUCAGAGCUUAUUAGACAUCAGAGAAUCCACACAUGUGAAAGACCUUACAAGUGUCCAGACUGUGGGAAAAGCUACAGACACAGGUCAACCCUUAGUGGGCAUCGUACACUGCACACAGGAGAGAAGCCCUAUAACUGCCCUGACUGUGGGAAAAGCUUUGGUCAGCGCUCACUCCUUAUUAAACAUCAGAGACUCCACAGAGGGGAGAAACCCUACAAAUGCUAUGAGUGCGGGAAAAGCUUCAGUCGGAACUCAAACCUCCUAUCACAUCACAGAACUCACACAGGAGAGAAACCCUAUAACUGCCCUGACUGUGGGAAAAGCUUCAGAUACUGGUCAACCCUUUUCAAGCAUCAGAGAAUCCACACAGGAGAGAAGCCCUAUAACUGCCCUGACUGUGGAAAAAGCUUUGGUCAGUGCUCAGCCCUUAUUAAACACCAGAGACUCCACAAAGGGGAGAAACCCUACAAAUGCAAUGAGUGUGGGAAAAACAUUAGUCGGAAACACCUUCGAUCACAUCAGAGAAUCCACACAGGAGAGAAGCCCUAUAACUGCGCUGAGUGUGGGAAAAGCUUCAGGAACAGCUCAAUCCUUAUUCUCCAUCACAGAAUCCACACGGGAGAGAGACCUUAUGAAUGUAGUGAGUGCAGGAAAAGCUUCCGUCAGAAGAACGCCCUUCUAUCACAUCAGAGAACCCACACAGGAGAGAGACCCUAUGAAUGUCUUGAGUGUGAAAAAAGCUUUAGGAACAAGGCACACCUUAUUAGACAUCAGAGAACCCACACAACAGAGCGACCCUAUGAAUGCCUGGAGUGUGGGAAAAGCUUCCGUGAGAAUUCACAAUUUCUAUCGCAUCAGAGAAUCCACACAGGAGAGAGACCCUAUAUCUGCCCUGACUGUGGGAAAAACUUCAGGCAGAACUCACACCUCCUAUUACAUCAGAGAAUCCACACAGGAGAGAAACCCUAUAACACCUCUGGCUGUGGGAAAAGCUUUGGUCAGCACUCACCCGUUUUUGAACAUCAGGGACUCUACAUGGGAGAGAAACCCUACAAAUGCAGUGAGUGUGGGAAAAGCUUCACUCGGAAGUAUUCCCUUCUCUUACAUCAGAGAACCCACACAGGAGAGAGACCCUAUAACUGCCCUCUCUGCGGGAAAAGUUUCUAUGAGAGAGCAGCCCUUAUUCAACAUCAGAGAAUCCACACGGGAGAGAAACCCUACAAAUGCAAUGAGUGUGGGAAAAGCUUCUGUCGGAACACAUCCCUCCUCUCACAUCAGAGAAUCCACACAAGAGAGAAACCCUAUAACUGCUCUGACUGUGGGAAAAGCUUCAAUCAGAGCUCAGUUCUUAUUGAACAUCAGAGACUCCACAUGGGAGAGAAACCCUACAAAUGCAGUGGGUGUGGGAAAAGCUUCACUCGGAAGUAUUCCCUUCUCUUACAUCAGAGAACCCACACAGGAGAGAGACCCUAUAACUGCCCUGUCUGCAGGAAAAGUUUCUAUGAGAGAGCAGCCCUUAUUCAACAUCAGAGAAUCCACACAGGAGAGAAACCAUAGAAAUGCAAUGAGUGUGGGAAAAGCUUCUGUCGGAACACAUACCUCCUAUCACAUUAGAGAAUCCACACAGGAGAAAUCCUAUAAUUGCCCCAUCUGUGGGAAAAGCUUCAGCCACAGCUCACACCUCCAAUUACAUCAGAGAAUCCACACAGGAGAGAGGCCCUUUAACUGCCGUGACUGCGGAAAACCUUCAGUCACAGGUCAGCCUUUGUCUCUAUCUGGAUAAUCCACACAGGGAAGAAACCCUUUUAAUGUCCAGAAUGUGGGAAAAGCUUCCCUGUGAGCUCAGCCCUUACUACACAGCAGAGACUUCACAGUGGAGAAAGACCCAAUGAAUGUAUUGACCGUGGGAAAAGCUUCAGUCAGAUCUCACACAUUCAACCACAUGACACAACACACAUGAGAGACAGACCCUACAAGUACCCUGGUUGUGGGAAAUGCCUUAUGUCACAGCUCAAACCUCAGAACCCAUAAGAGAAUCCACAAGCAACACAAACCCAAGAAGCAUCCUGGCUUGCAAUGGGCCAAGUAAACAACACUUUUGCCAAUUCCCACAAAUCUCAGAGGGUCAGACCAGAUGUGGCUGGAGUGGCCAUGUAACGAGGACGGCAUAAUUAUUAAAGCAGAAAAUGAAAUCACUUUCCUGGAGCAGAGCUGUUUAGAACUGGGGGAGGUUUAGGCUGGAUAUUUGGAAAAACUCUUUCACUAGGAGGGUGGUGAAGCACUGGAAUGGGUUACUUAGGGAGGUGGUGGAAUCUGCAUACAUCCAAUGAAGUGAGCUGUAGCUCACAAAAGCUUGUGCUCAAAUAAAUUUGUUAGUCUCUAAGGUGCCACAAGUCCUCCUUUUCCAUUCUUAGAGGUUUUUAAGGCCCGGCUUGACAAAGCCCUGGCUGGGAUGAUUUAGUUGGGGAUUGGUCCUGCUUUGAGCAGGGGGUUGGACUAGAUCAGGGGUUCUCAAACUGGGGGUCGGGACCCUUCAGGGGGUCACAAGGUUAUUACCUGGGGGGUCACAAGCUGCCAGCCUCCACCCCAAACCCCGCUUCGCCUCCAGCAUUUAUAAUGGUGUUAAAUAUAUUUAAAAGUUUUUAAUUUAUAAGGGGGUCGCACUCAGAGGCUUGCUAUGUUGAAGGGGUCACCAGUACAAAAGUUUGAGAACCACUGGACUAGAUGACCUCCUGAGGUCCCUUCCAACCCUGAUAGUGUAUGAUUCCAUGAUAAGAGUCUGAGAUAAGUCUUCCACGUUGUGAUGGGAUCUGAGUAUAAUUUUCAACCAGUUUUCAUUGAGGUUCUCCAUUGAUGUUUGGUUUUAUAUACCUAAAAUCAACCUUAUUUUAUAUGCUCUGACUUCUCAUUAAGUGUUGAUAGUACUGUAGGCUGGGAUCCGCCAAGGGACCUAGGUGCUGUGACACUCAGCAAUGUCAAGACUAAAUUUUUAGGCACCUAGAGAAUCACAGGAACAACACUGGAGCAAUGAAGCCUGAUUUCGGGGCACUGGCUCCCUGUACAAUGAAUGGAGAGAGGUAUGAUUGACAAAAGACAGCAGACUAGGCAGGGCACUGCCUAAGCUAAUCAAUGGGAGAUUGGCACACAGUUCUCUGGCUAUGGUCCUGCUCAUAUUUUGCAUCCAUUUGUGGAAUGAAUUUUGUUAUGUGCACUGAGGUAUGUGUGGAUGUGCGCCACCAGUAGAAACAAAAAACCUAGCUAUAAUCUAUCUUUUUAAAGAGUUACCAUAGGAUAAUUACUUCAGCCAGGACAGUUGGGCAUUUUAGAACUCACAACUCAAAGAAUUAAAUUUAAGUGUAAGAGAGAAAUAAAAGUAUGAAAUGCACAGACCAGUCAAAGAACUAAAACAACAGCACUUUGAAAGAAUAAAAUUGCAGAGAAUAAAUGUGCAUUGCGGGAAGUACCAAGAAGUAACACCCACAACAGUAAUACAAGUAUGUGUUGGGAGGUGAGUGUGAAAGAGACUGUGUGUGUGAUGUGUGUGUGUGUGAGAGAAAGACACUGUGUGUGUGUGAGAGACAGAGAGAGACACUCUGUGUGUGAUGUGUGUGUGUGUAAGUAAGACACACUGUGUGUGUGAGAGAGAGAGAUUGUGUGUGUGUGACUGUGUGUGAGUAAGACACUGUGUGUGUGAGAGAGACACUGUGUGUGUAUGAGAGAGAGGGGGGAGGCAGGGACAUUGUGUGUGUGAGAGAGAGAGACUGCGUGUGUGUGUGUGAGAGAGAGAGAGACACUGCGUGUGUGUGGUGUGUGUGUGAGAGACACUGCGUGUGUGUCAGAGAGAGAGGGGGAGGCAGGGACAUUGUGUGUGUGUGUGUGAGAGAGAGACACUGUGUGUGAGAGAGAGAGGGAGAGAGAGACACUGUGUGUGUCUGUGUGUGUGUGCACGCGUGUGUGUGCGUGCAGGGGGAGGGUAUGAGAGACGCCCUGCCCCUUUAAGCAGAUCGACACUUACCAGUCUGAAGGCUGCUUGUUCAGAUACAACAGCAGCCAUCAGCAGCUCCGUUCCACGUGUCCCCCCCCCACCCCGCUCUGCAGAGAUGGGGUACAUGAGCGGGGGGAGGGGGACACCCUGACAUCAGCGCCCCCACCUUCCUCCCCGGUCUGCGCAGCAAGCAGGAGGCUCCUGGGACGGGGCAGAGCGGGGCGGUAGCUGACUGACUGCUGGGGGGCUGCGCACAAGGAGGGAACACGGGUGUGUGCUAACCCUCCCCCUCUCGGCUGCCGGAACCUAUCUCCGUUUGGGAUUGACAAAGCGGGAAAGGUGGAUGCUCCUCUGCCGCGGGGCCUGGUCCAGGCGGUGGGUUCAGACGCCAACUAAGUCUGCACAAAACAGUGAGGAAAAAUCUCCUAAGAACAUCACCGGACGAAGUUCCAGGGUUUGAAAAUCAGGCAACGUUGUGACUAAAACUGAGGUGGUGCCGAUUUCAACUGCCACGUUUGCACCAGCAACAGCCAGAGUUUCUGCUCCCACCUUGUCUGAGUGGUGCUCAGGUCACUGGAGCAGGCUUCCUAAAUUGAUCUUACUGCCUAAACGAGCUGCCCUUCAAAUCUUUGGUUUGUGGAAAUCCAUUGCUUGGGGCUAAUUUUCUGUUGUUGCCUUGUUUCAACUCAAUUUCUAACUUUAAGAGCUACUGAGAACUGGCAACUCUGUCAGUCACUGUCUGUUACACACACACCCGCCCAGUGCUGCCUUUGCAUGUGUGAGACAGCAUUACCGGCUGGUGAGAGAAACAUCCUGACAUCUCUCUCCCUUGGGACGCCACUCUGCAUGUGUGAGCGAGAACAGCCAUCUUCUGAGGCUCACUUCAACCUUUGUGUUGGGUGAAUACUUCUACAUUGCUUUCAGCACCGUUGUGUGUUUCUAACUACAGAGUUGUCCUACUUUAUACUCCAGACUAGCCUCAUUCCUGUCCUGGGGUGGGAAUUUCAUUGGUUCCUAUUUUACCUUUGCCUAUUUUAAACUAGGAAUUUGGGGGAGAUGGUUGGGAGAUGUCCAGGUAAUCUCCACGCCAGAAUUAAGCAUAGAGUGGAAAGAAAAUGAAGUAAGAGUGGAUACAGCUGUAGGUAGGAGGAAGGGCAGUGUAGAUACAAGUCUAAUAGGUUAUACUGGUAGUAAAAUAACCGUGCCUAAUAGGGUACAGAAUGUGAGUGAGGCUAAACAGCAAAAAUUAAGAUGUUUGUACACUAAUGCAAGGAGCCUAGGUAACAAAAUGGAGGAACUAGAGUUACUGGUGCAGGAAGUGAAACCAGAUAUUAUAGGUAUAACAGAGACCUGGUGGAAUAGUAGUCAUGACUGGGCUACAGGUAUUGAAGGGUAUGUGCUGUUUAGGAAAGACCGAAAUAAAGGUAAAGGUGGUGGAGUAGCACUGUAUAUCAAUGAUGAGAUAGAAUGUAAAGAAAUAAGAAGCGAUGAAAUGGAUAUGACUGAGUCUGUCUGGGCAAAAAUUAAAUUGGGGAAGAAAACUAUUAGAGCCUCCCCUGGGAUAGUGCUUGGGGUGUGCUAUAGACCGCCGGGAUCUAAUUUGGAUAUGGAUAGAGCCCUUUUUAAUGUUUUUAAUAAAGUAAAUACUAAUGGAAACUGUGUGAUCAUGGGAGACUUUAACUUCCCAGAUAUAGACUGGAGGACGAGUGCUAGUAAUAAUAAUAGGGCUCAGAUUUUCCUAGAUGCGAUAGCUGAUGGAUUCCUUCAGCAAGUAGUUGCUGAACCGACUAGAGGGGAUGCUAUUUUAGAUUUGGUCUUGGUGAGUAAUGAGGACCUCAUAGAGGAAAUGGUUGUAGGGGAUAAUCUUGGCUCAAGUGAUCAUGAGCUAAUUCAGUUCAAACUGAAUGGAAGGAUUAACAAAAAUAAAUCUGCAACUAAGGUUUUUGAUUUCAAAAGGGCUGACUUUCAAAAAUUAAGGAAAUUAGUUAGGGAAGUGGAUUGGACUGAAGAAUUUAUGGGUUUAAAGGUAGAGGAGGCCUGGGAUUAUUUUAAAUUAAAGCUACAGAAGCUAUCGGAAGCCUGCAUCCCAAGAAAGGGGAAAAAAUUCAUAGGCAGGAGUUGUAGACCAAGCUGGAUGAGCAAGCAUCUUAGAGAGGUAAUUAAGAAAAAGCAGAAAGCAUAUAGGGAGUGGAAGAAGGGAGGGAUCAGUAAGGCAAGCUACCUUAUUGAGGUCAGAAUAUGUAGGGAUAAAGUGAGACAGGCUAAAAGUCAAGUAGAGUUGGACCUUGCAAAGGGAAUUAAAACCAAUAGUAAAAGGUUCUAUAGUC